CUACAUUAAUGACCUUGGCUAAUGCUUUCUUUCCACUUACAAGACUGCAUGCAAAAACGUCCUCUUUCUCUGGGAGGUGCAGCUUGUCAGAAAGCAGCAUCCCCAGAGCAACGUAAUCCCUGCAAUGCUUCUGUAAACAACAAACAUGGCAUCCGAGAAAGCCUUUGCUUGCUGAGCAAAUACUCCACCAACACCACCAACUUUACAGAUUUUCAUUCCAUUCCUCAUAAUUUUGUCUACCAAACAUAUGGCCAACCUUGUUUCCAUGGAUACUCCAGCCCUAUCUGGCCCACCCCCAUCUUCCACUGUGUCGACUUCAUCUUCCACAAAGUCUCUCUCUCUGUCUCAUCAGAUUGGAAUGACUAUCCUGGUCCUCGCCUUUAUGUUUGGUUUCCCUGGCAACCUGUUUGUGAUAUGGUCGGUUUUGUGUCGAGUCCGUCACCGCUCCGUCACUUGUCUGUUGAUUCUGAAUCUGGCGGUGGCUGACGCUCUGGUGCUGUUGAGUGCCCCGCUGUUUCUCAGGUACCUGGCAGGUGGAAAAGGAUGGGAGUUUGGAGCUGCACUUUGCAAAACUAUUCAUUACCUGUGCUGUGUGAACAUGUUUGCAUCCAUUUACCUGAUAUGUCUGAUGAGCAUAGACCGCUGGCUGGCCGUCUCAAGGCCUUUUCUGUCUCAGAGGAUGAGGACCAAGAGAAGACUGUUGUCGAUCAUGUUGGGCAUCUGGGUGAUGGCUUUUCUGAUGGCUUUGCCCAUGCCAUUCUAUCGUACUCUGCGGCAGAUAAUUCCAAGUGGGUCCAUAAAUGUGUGUGAGCCGUACCACUGGAACAACACAGGACAUGAAAUCUUUCAGUACCUUUCCGAGACUCUGCUGGGUUUCCUACUGCCCUUCAUAUUUAUCCUGGUCUGCUAUAUCUCAGUGAUCUGUCGGCUACGCAGUGCCAUGUUCCAGCGCAAAGGAAGAGGAAACUUCCUCAUCAUCCUCAUCAUCGGAGCUUUUGCUGUUUUCUGGCUGCCAUAUCACCUCAUCAAUAUCCUACAGGUGAUUGGUGUGAUCCAGGGUUCCUCUUUACUUUUAAAAGUGGCAAAAGUCGCCCGUCCCAACGUGACAGCAUUUGCGUUCAUGAGCAGCAGUGUGAACCCAAUUCUUUAUGUUUUUGCGGGCAGCUCUCACAUUCGUCAGGCUGGUCUAGGCUUUAUGGCUAAAUUGUUUGAGGGCACCAACUCGGAGUUAAACUCCAGCCGCAGCACUAGGUCCUGUCGCAGCUCGAAUGCAGAGAGUUCAGUUCUCACCAAGCUGUCCUUCAAGCUGAGUCGCAAAGGGGACGAAGCAAGAGCGGAGACCCCUGAUGGGGAGGAAGGGACCACAACAGAUAUGCAUAGGAGGGAUAAAAUUAUGACUCUGACCACCCUGCAUUGAAGGGGUCAAAUGAAGUUUUUUUAAUUUUUUUUUUACUUAUGAUCCACUCACAUGUUCCUCAAGGUUUCUUGCACAAAAAAUGCUGUUUGUGAGGUUGAAGCACUCAUUGUUUUUUUUAUUUUGUUUUUUACAGAUUAUUUGGGCUUCUUUAAAUUUCCAUUAGGACUGUUUGAUCAUGAAAAUCUCAGGAUUUUCACAGAUCACCAUCAUUGUUGUUGUGUCUAUUCUCAUGAGAACUGCUGAUGUUGGUAUAUUUUAACACACCACUUUGACAGAUACAGUAUGUGUGCAAAUUUAAUGUAACGAUGAUCUUAUAUUAACAAUACCCAUGUAAGAUCUAAUAGGAAGAAUGGAACCCCAUCUCCACCAUUGCGCCACAUGGACUACUGUUUGUGAAAGGAUAUACAAAUAAAAAUAAUGUCAUACUG